AUGAAGUACAGCCACGAGCUCAUGGAUGGUACAAGUUUCUGGCACUUUAUUCAAUCCUGGGCGGAGGUCUCUUGUGGAAAACCAAUCUCCCAGCCUCCUUUUGUGGUUCCAUUCCCGAUUGGAAUCCCAUCUAGCGAUGCUCCUCCUCCACCAGUUCCCAGCGGAGGAAUGCUCACUCUGCUCGAUCGAAAUGCGCCGGAUCCGGGGCUUUUCGGCUACAAGUCCUUCCCGAGAACUCGGAGGUUCCGAUUCGGGAAGCUCAUGAUCCAGGCUCUCAAGCAGAGAAACCCCGAGUACUCCACAUUCCAGCUCCUAUCAUCGCACAUCUGGUGGAAAGUUUGCUUAGCUCGCGGCUUGGGCGACAAAGACACCACCAAGCUGUUCUUCGCGGUGAAUUGCCGAGGGCGAUUCCCGCACCUCCCGAAAGAGUAUCUCGGCACUCCCGCUGCAUGGGCGAUGGCGUCGGCGAAGUGUGGCGAGAUGGAAUCGCUGGGAAUGAUCUCCUCGCUCAUCAAGAAGACGAUCAGGGAGUUUAGCGAGGAGAGCUGGGGCGUGUCGGCGGGGUUUCUCGAGCACUACGCGGGUGGAGAGUCGAGCGACAAGGCGGUGCUUGAUAUGAGGCCGGACAAGGACUUGUACAUUGGGAGCUCGUUCUAUUUCCCGGUCUUCCACGAGUUCUCGUGGGGGACCCCGUGCGAGAUGGCCAUGGCGCAAGCUCCAGCGAAUGGGCGAAUGUAUUACUUCCCGGGCAAAGAGAAAGGCAGCGUGGAUCUCUACAUCACGCUGCAACACCAGGCAAUGGACAAGCUCGAGAACGACGCAUCUUUCUGCGACAUGCAGGUUGCGAUCCACUUGAAAGCAACUAACAGAACCACAGUCCAUUAUUUCAUCUCUUUUAAUAUUUGUUCUGGAGAUUCUUCAGCGUUGGAGCGAGAAUUUGGAGUAGCUGUGCACGCGGUAGAUCGUGAUCACGAGUCGAAAUGUUAG